CGGUUGCAUAAAAACAUCAACUACACGCAUGAGCUUUUCGUCGCUAACCUUCAGCAUUUUUUUGGUUUCUGUUUCUGCGUUCUUAAAUUAAGUUUAUGCCUCUUCAAUGCCAAGUUACGGAUUAAAUGAAUUGGACGAACCACAAGUUCGGGAAGUUAAACCACAAAUGGCUACUGGUCUUAUUUUAGCAGGUCUGGGUAUAGCUGCUAUAGGAUUUGCAGGCCGAUAUGCUUUGCGUGCAGGUCGCUUGGCUCAACAGACACUCAAUCAAACACUAGGAGAACUUCCCCAAGGUUCAUUCAGUAAAUACUACAGAGGGGGUUUUGACCCACAAAUGAGUCGAAGGGAAGCAAGUCUUAUCCUAGGUGUCAGUCCUUCAGCAAGUAAAUUGAAAAUUAAGGAGGCUCACAAGCGCAUCAUGCUACUCAAUCACCCAGACAGAGGUGGUUCACCUUACUUGGCAGCCAAAAUCAACGAGGCAAAAGAUUAUUUCGAUAAAGCUCGUCCUGGUGCCGGUUAAAAUUUUAAUAUUUUUUUAUACAUAUAAAUUGUCUUUCUACUUGUAUGUACAUAUGUAAUGAAUAAAGCCAACUGAUGAAAAGUAUUGUCAGAAAAUGCCAGUCUUAGUAUAACUUUGUUUCAUAAAAAUAAAAACUUCUGUUUUUUUACUGUGACAUCUGUUUCAUUUAACUCAAACACCUUUGGUAUUUUGAAAUUAACUAAAAGUAACACUGUUGUACAAUUAAGUUUUCCACUUUGGUGCUGAAACUAAAUGAAAUAGCAA